UUUUUCUUUCUUUUUUUUCUUUCUUUUUUUUUUUCUUUUUCUCUUUUUUCUUUUUUUUUCCCCCCUUCUCUCCUAGGGGCUACACAAUGGCAGUCUUCUCUCGCUAAGAUGAAUCCGGCUUGCCUUCUGCAGAUCCGCCCAUCUUCAGUUCCAUUUAGUAAAAGGCUAUGAUUUUCUCUUUGGGGAUCUUUUGUGCAUUACUGUUCUCCCUGGUUAGUUCUGGUCUCGGUUGGGAUUUCUUUGCUUUUUUUUGUUUGGCUUCAUGUGAAAAAGGAUUUUUUUCUCUCCAACCCUUUGGUCAUGAUCCAGUGGUGAUCAAGAGGGGAUAAAUCAUUCACCCUGGCCGACAAAAAACAAUCGCUGAGAAGUCUCAAAGAGAUAUACCACGUGAGGGGAAAAAACUGGGAGAAGAUCCGGAAUAUUAACGUUUUUCCUAUGGUAAAACCGGUGCCCCUCUUCAGGAGAACUGAUUUCAAGUUAUUAUUAUGCAACCACAAGGGCCUCUUCUUUCUCAGGGUGUCUAAGCUGCUGGGUUGCUUUUCGCCCAAAUCAAUGUGGUUUCUUUGGAACAUUUUCAGCAAAGGAACGCAUAUGCUGCAGUGUCUUUGUGGCAAGAGUCUUAAGAAAAACAAGAACCCAACUGGUAAGCAAAGCAUGCAUCAUAUUCUGUUUUUCCUGGUAAUAUCCGUCUGUUGCUCACGGAGCUAGGUCUGCAGUUUUGCUAUGCAGGAGGCCGGGGAACAUGCAAGAAACCCGGACAGUGUUGCAUACAGAGGUGUUGCAUGAAUAAACAAGUAGCCACCGCCGGAUCUGCGUCCUCCCGACCCGAAAACCGUGAUCAACAGCUCUUAGCUGUGACACAAUCCAUCAUUAGGAGGGAGGAGGAAACUUUUUUUUAUCCCCCACUAAGUGAAUGUCUGGUGGAAUAUAGAAGGGCUUAUGGCUAUGGCUGUGCCAGGAAAAAGAGCCAAGAGCUUGCCUUACUUCUGCUCCUCUGGGGACAUAGCUUUAGACUUUCUGAUUAGCUUGCACAAUAUUCGCCACCCCAUCACCUUUAGCAAAGUAAAAGCGCCCCCCUCCCUCACGGCCUGGAUCCUCCGUCAGCCCCCGCCUCCCUCCCCCGUCUAGUUCUGGGUGCUAUUAACUCAUUCCCUAGUCUGCCUCUGACACAUCCAGCCUGAGAACACUGAACACGGGAGCAGGGCUUGUGCCUAGGGGAACCAGGACCCAGAGGACAAGCUCAGUCUCUCUAGUAUAUGACAUUUAAGUCCCUUCUUUUAAAAACCAGCGUGGAAACCUUACGUGUGGGUCCCACACUAUGUGUGUGUGGACGAACAGAGAGGGUCCUUGCCUUAUGCCUCCUGGCGAUCAUGCGCCCUAUUCCAAAGGGCUCCAACCAGGGAAACUUGCAGUAUAUUACAUAAGAAAUGCAAAUGCAGGUGAUUCGGGGAGCUGGGUCCCAGGGGUUUACUUUCCAGUGUAUAUCUAGUCUGAGGCAUUUGGGAGCAGCCAAGUGGGCGAGCAACCCUCAGGCAGUCAGGCCGGAGGGCUGCCUGAUGGUGGCAGCUGUGGCAAAGGAACCUGGGUGCAGCCUUUCCUCAAAUCAUUUCCGCUGUCAGCCAGGAGUGUGCACUAUCCUAUGGCUGGGAUACGGUGGGAAACGACCUGGAGCGGGUUUUGUGUCUGGAGUUAUGCUGGAGGGGCGGGGGAUCCUCUGUCCUGCAGUGACAGCGGGCGAUGGAGAUUGCUGAAGCUAGCACUGCGGUGCACUAGAUCAUAGCUCUCCGCGGCCGCCCUGACACCUGGAGCUCACAGCCGGCCAGGGCAUUCAGAACUCCCACGGCUGGGCAGCAAGUGGCUGUUGUCUCUCAGCCUCUGAACCCAGCAAAUGUAGCAUGGCCUGGAUGACGCUCUUGGAGGGGGGCUGCAGUCCGAGGCUGCAGGGAGAACAGAGGAGCGUGGGUGGGCGGGGAUAGAGGCAGUGGGUGUGGAGGUCGAGGAAGCUUUGCGGCCACCACUUCUGCAGCAAAAGGCAAGGUGCCUGCGAGUUGUUAAGAGUGUCCAAAUGGGCAGAUGUUACUGUGCUGAGACCAAGGGAAGUUGCCCCUAGCUGGGACGCUUAGGGGACUGUGGAGGCUCUGGGAGGAGCCAGCUAUUGGCUUCCAGGAGGGCUCCCCACUGCAGUGGAAUUGUUGCCUCUGUCCUACCCUACUCCCUGUGUUCUAAAUCCACUCCUUGCCUACCAGUUUUCAUUACUGUCCCCUGUCUUUUUACUUUUCUGUUCUUUAACUACUCAGCGUUUAGCAACUUUGAAUUGAUGUUCCCAUCCUGAGAUUUGUCCAAGGGACAGCAGAUUGAGGCGUAAUCUUACUUACCAUGACAUUACUGAUUCAGCCCUGAGGUAUACUCCUGGCCAUUGGCAGCUAGCCUGAAACCAUCGAUGCCUGGUUCAAAUAAUACACAGCUACAUCUGCAGCAACGGUUCAUGGCCUGGGCAUGAAAUAGUUGUCUGCAGGACUUCCCAAAGUGGGACAGGUCAAAGGCUGUAGUUGCAAGGGAGGGGCUACUACUUCGCACAGUAAAAAUAGUAGCCGUUUGAAGCCUUCUUGUGUUCUGUGAAAAGAUUUAGUUCUCUUCCGAGAACGGAACACAGUAAAAAGUCUUUCUUUUUUGAGACUUGACCAUUUGUCUAGGGACCUCAAACUCAGCCCUUCCAUAAUACAGGGGAAUGAGAAAUAACUCAGAGGUGGAGAAACAGUAAGCUUGUUUUCAAGACUUUUAUGUUUUUAUUGUAAAUAAUUUUACUGAAAAUGCUGACCACCCCUGCUCAAUUGAAUAUCUUUUUAUUAUAAGACUUGCCCCUUCCCAUCCACUUUCAUCUCUCUAGAAUAACUUCCUCUUUCCAAAGUACUUUGGAAGUUGUUAAACUAAUGAUUAUUUAUUUUAGGGAGAAAUUUAUUUUGCAGCUAAUGUACUUGAAUGGUGAAGUGGAGGGGUUAACCUACGAUGUGUCUGAUAAUAUAGAUGACUAUUCUAAUAGGAUAGUUAAGGCUCAGAUUGCCAGGGAUUUGAGUCUAAACUGGAAGUCAGAGCACUUAGUAGAUUCCCCAACCCCCCACCAAAAUAAAAAAAAAAUGUGUUAAACUGUGGAGCUCACCUUCAAAAGGCUGGACUCAAACCCAUGUCUGCCAUUUCCUUUGAAUAUUGUACUUGGUGAGGUCUAUUCUCCUGCUAUUAACAUGAAGCCUAUAAUCAUUUGCAACUUUUUGAUCCCAAGAUAGCAGUACAGCUAAGAAUUUAAUUGGGUAAUUAAAAUAAAACAGGGACCAAAAUCCUCUUAACUGUUAAAAACAAAAAGAACAGAUUGGCUACCACCUAUUAUGUUAUCUUAAAUCUACAAGGAAGACAAUUAACUUGUUUCAAACUAAAAAGCUUGACAGAAUGCUGCCAAGCACUAGGGAAUUUGUUGCAAAGCAUUGCCUCCUUAAUAUUUCAGAGGCAGAUUUUAGGUUGGUUUUUCUUCCCAAUAUUUGCAAGUUUUGAAAUAAUUUACUGAUUAUUUUCAGCUUUGAAAUCCUCAACAAUUGUGGAGAAUUAAGAUAAAGGUUCCUGAGAAUUUUAGAGGCAUGGAUUUAAUGGUGAAAUUUAUUCAUCAACUCAGAACUUACUAAUCAACUCCAUAGUAUUGCAUUGUUCUGUAGUUGUGUUAUGUGAUAAUCUAAUGAGAAAAGAACAUGUAGCAUGCUUUUGGGCUACAUUAAAAAAAAACAAAAUAGCUUAAACUUUUUUGGAUGUAAAGUAAAUCUAUGAAUUUCAUGAAAAUACCUAGUAUUUUACAGCACAGUGAUUAUCAGAGAACACAUUUUGAUGUAUACAUGUGCUCAAAUGUCCCACUUUCUGUUAUUUUCCUAGCACAGCAAUAGCUAGGAAAUUAAGGAAUAUUACCUGCUGUAGCUUUUGCUGUCAGUAUGAGUCAUGCAAGGUGACUGUAUUUUAGGCAAAUCAUUAAGUAGGAAUAAUAAGUACAAGAUUUUUUUUUUUUUUUUUUGGGCCUGGAGGAGGCUUGUAAUGUUUCCUUGAACCAGUUUAAUAGUUUAGAAUGACCAAUGUGUAUAUCAGACUUGUUUAGGAAAUAAACUAGGUCACUGCUUUUGAAGCACAGAGUGAUAAGGUAAUAAAUAAGGUUGAUAAGUACUAAGGUUGUGUCACUUGUCUGUCCAGAUUCCUAAAACCAGUAAAGGAGUCAGGGACUCUUUCACAUGCUGUAUCCAAUAUACCACUUGCUAGAUCCCCAAGCCUCCUUAUCAAUUCUGGAAAUUGUGGAAAACUCAGAUUUUAAGAUACUUUAUAAUGUGUGAAAAUUUUCUUAAGUACAGGUAUCUGUGGUGGGAGGAUGUGUAGGAAGCAUAUUACCUAGACAUAGCUUCACAGAGUGCACUGGGAACAUUCCAUAGACCCAUUGCCUCUGGUGUUCCCUUUUCUGAACUCAGCCUCAUCUGCUAAGUAACUAACUCAACCACAGAACCAGGAGAGGCUGAUAGCAGCCAUAGCACCUUCUGUUUCUUACUGGCAUUGGUAUCUUUAAGACCCAUUUUUUAAAAACUAAUUAUUUUCUGUAUACCAAACACCUAGUAUGUUAGGGCAAUUCAUUUACACAUAGAUUUUAAAAAGUUACUUGCAUAUAGGUGUGCCACAUCCUUUUGAAGUGAGAAAAUAGGGAGACUGGAAAGAAAAUACCAGUAAGCUCUCCCUUUUCCCCUUCUCAACCUGCAGUCUUACACUGGGGUUUUGCAGAGCUGGGUCAGCCAGAAAUUGGCAACUCUAAACACCAAGUGGGCAGAAAAUGAAAACAUCAAAUUCAGAUAGCAUGACUAGAACAGGAAACAGGUGGAAGGUUCUUCUUGUAACAUUUUUAAACCGAGGUGUGUCUGGACUCCAUCUAGAAAGUUUUAGUUAUUGAGGUAAGGUGAGUUAUACAGAGUAGUGCCACUUUAUGAAUCAAAGGUAGCAUUUUUAGCUAGGCUAAGUUCUGAAUUUCUAGGAGAAUGGAUUUUUUUCUUUUCUUUAGGUUGACAUCCAAGUUAACAAGUAUAAAGUCACCUUUAACAAUGUAGAUGAUGUUCAAAUGAUGCAUUGCUAUUUGAAUAUGAUAAAGCUAACUUUAUACUGUGCUUCACAUUUCCCACAGUCGACUAUUACUUUAUAUGUUUGAAUCUAGCUUUCCACGUUUUAGCAAGGCAUACACUGGAAACUUUUGUGUUUUCAUACAAAUGGUAACAAGGACAACAACCAAUGUUUUUACUCUUUUAUACAGUUUGGAGUCAUACUUCAUUCAUACUGACUCAUACGUUUUAUAUAAAUACCAUGUGUAUGUAUCAAAGUGGAAGCAUUUAUUCCAAAUAGUUUCUCAUGGCUUAGAGGGAAACAGUUGAGACACUUGGACAGUGUGGCACAAAUUUUGCCUCUGUGAAGUUUAAACCAGUCAUUGCAUUAUACAUAGGAUUGAAAAACAAACAUACACCACUGAGCCCAACUUAGCCACACCCUCGGGUCAAUGUGGGUCAGAGAUAGAUCUACUUAUUCAUCUACCUGCUAGUGUUUAGUCUAUACGUGUUUCCUUAGAUCUUUAGUUAAUGCACCAUGCAUCAGAUCCAGGUGUGAGUUAAACCUGGACAUUGGAGAGUAGGGGAUUUUCUGAGGGAGACUGUUCAAUUUCUCAAUUUAUUUCCUUAUAUGCAAUUCCAGUAUUUUGUUAUUCUGUUUUGGAAUGGCCACUGCAUCUAGAUGUUUUCUUGUGUAUUUCUCCAGUUGCUACACAAUCAUGCUUCUACUUUAGUAAAAAAUGUGGGAUGAUUGGGAAGUCAAAAGGAAGAACUACUAGAAUUUUUUUUCAAUCAUGGAAGUCAAAAGGUAGAGAGUCUGUUUUAUAGAGAUCACUGACAGUGGUGUUAGACACUACUACAUUUCCUGUUUCCUGACAAAGCUUCUGCUAGAGAUGGCAGAAAAAAUGUUGCAGUGAAAAGUUGAUGGCUCUAAAAAGCUGAUUCACAGCAUUGUGCCCCUCUUAGUAUGAUUGUUGGUUAAGUUCAUUCAGUGUUCACUUCCUUCCUGAAUGAUGAAAACAAAACUAACACACAAAUGUAAGUAGGGAAGCACAAAUGGUGGUGACAGUGUCAAUGUUCAGCUCUCUGUACAGUUGGGUGACUUUACAAAAGAGUCCUGAGUCUGAAAAUUCUGAAACCUGUGGUAUAUUCCUCACACCAGAGCAUUCUCUAAGAAAAUUAAGCCAAGGGUUAAUUUCAUUCUUUCUUGCCCUUAAAAUAAAAAAUGAAGACUGAAGACCCCACCUGGUUCCCUAGGAGGCAGGACUGGCUUAAUUUUAUUAUCUGGUUCUUUCUUGUUCCUCUUUUGUGGAAGUCAAGUGAUUUAUUUCUUUCUCUAAGGCAGUAUCUGGGACCCUCUUUUAUGGUCUUUCUCUUUCUUCCUUCCUUCCUUCCUUCCUUCCUUCCUUCCUUCCUUCCUUCCUUUCUUUCUUUCUUUCUUUCUUUCUUUCUUUCUUUCUUUCUUUCUUUCUUUCUUUCUUUCUUUCUUGUCAUUGAGUUGGCAGCUGUUUCUAAUGAUGCCUUCUCACUUCUCGCAUUCCGUUCUUUUGCAGUUUAAAAGGCAGUAAUUUUCUAACCUUUUGGCUCAAUAUACUUCCAACCACCAAAUUAUUUUGCUUCCUUUAGUUGGGAACCACUUUGGUAGGGUGGAGGAUGCUGGGCCACUGUGCCUUUGGAAUGAGAAGCUUGGAGUUUGUAUCAGGAACAACAAAGUUUGGCAGAAUCUAUAGCUUUGGGUAGAGGCCCUUGGCCUCUAGAAAACUGUUAACAUUCCGUGCAUAACCUAGUCUUAAAACUCUGUAGUUCUGAUCUGUUCACAGCACGGAAAUCCUUUGGAGAUUUAGCUGAAGUUGGUGACAACAACAGGCUGCCAAAGGCAGGUUUUCCUUUCUGCCCAGCAGUCUUAUAUUUCCUAGACUUGCGAAGGGGUUUGUGUGUAGGGGUGUGGGGUGUGGGGUGUGGGGUGUGUGUGUGUGUGUGUGUGGGUAGGGGGUAGGGCAGUUACUUUCAAUAUUCAUCCUAGUGGGCUCUGCUAGGCUGAGCAAUGUAGUGGAGCUGCCAUCGCAGGAGGUUUCUGUUGCCACGGAGAUGACCUCUGACCCCGAAAGCAUGAGUGGCCCCUUUGCGGGUUGCCUUGGUUGCUAUGGCAACUGCAGUAUCCAGGAUCUUGGCGCUGGAGCAACUUGGGAGCAAGGGCUAGGGAACAGCUACUCUGCCCUCUUCUUUCUAGGAUGGGAGCAUGGUUGUUAUGUGGAGCCCAGACUGCCCUAUCGAAGAUCCAAGGAAAUAAGUAACAAGUCAAAAACUUUGACAGAUUUAUCCCCAGCUCAAGGGCAUAGUGACCAGGUUAUAUUGCAGGCAAGGCUACUACUUGCAGAUGCACCCCGAUGGAGCUCUCGAUGGAACCAAGGAUGACAGCACCAAUUCCACACUGUUCAACCUCAUCCCAGUGGGACUGCGCGUUGUUGCCAUCCAGGGAGUGAAGACAGGGUUGUACAUAGCAAUGAAUGGAGAAGGUUACCUCUACCCAUCAGAACUUUUUACCCCUGAAUGCAAGUUUAAAGAGUCUGUUUUUGAAAACUAUUAUGUAAUCUACUCAUCCAUGCUGUACAGGCAACAGGAGUCUGGCAGAGCCUGGUUUUUGGGAUUAAAUAAGGAAGGGCAAGUUAUGAAAGGAAACAGAGUAAAGAAAACCAAACCAGCAGCUCAUUUUCUACCCAAGCCAUUGGAAGUUGCCAUGUACCGAGAACCAUCCUUGCAUGAUGUUGGUGAAACAGUCCCGAAAGCUGGGGUGACGCCAAGCAAAAGUACAAGUGCAUCUGCAAUAAUGAAUGGAGGCAAACCAGUCAACAAGUGCAAGACCACAUAGCCAGAUCCUCAGGUGUUCUGACUUUCUUGUCCUGAGCACAGUGGAGCGAUUUAUCCUUACUAGACAUUCCUGCUCCUGUGGCGGAAAAGCCCCAGCAAGCAAGCUGAUGCUUGUCUUAUGCUGUCUCAGACCUCCUUCUUUGCAAGUGGAUAAAUCUCAACCUGUGGUCCCCCUACACCAAGAAGACACCUGGACAAACCAGCUAAACUCAGACCAUGGAAUGCCCUACCAGAUAUGGAAUGCCUUUUUAAUAUCUUUUCUGUGACUGUGACACUUCAUGUGAAUGACAUACUUCACAAGUACACUCAAUACCUUGCCUGCUGACAGCUACCCAUAAUCCUUUUUGAGUCCUGUUUCAGCGAAAUCCAUGUGUUUAAGUUCAAUUUUGUAGCACACAAAUAAUAUUGAGUAAUUUCUAGUUAGAUGCUGUAAACCUGUGCUAUCAUGGAUUUCUCUUCUCUCCAUUUUUACAGGGCUGCUCGCUCCACUGUCUGUGACCUUUAGCAGGGAUUGUGUUGCUCUGAAUCUUCAAUGUUGCAGUUGGUUUGCUUAGGAGAACAAUUAGGGAAUCAGGAAGCCUUCUAAACCUAUUACUACAAAUAGUAUCUAUAAAGAUUAAGAUUGUUGUCUUUGGCUCACAUUAUUGAUUAAACACACAUAUAUGUUCUGUCUAGUAGGAGACGCUGUGCUCCCGAGGUAGGCAUGGCCUGGGUGGAACAAGGGUCAAACACAAUCCAUGGAAAGCUCUCUAUGAUAGGUGUUUGGCAUUCCCUCUUAGUUUCUUUAUGUGUGUGUGUUUUAUACAUAUCACAAGCUUACUGGUAAUGGUAACAUUUGCCUUGCCCAGCGAGCAAGACCCACUUAGUUUUUGAGAAAGUGGGUCCAAAGAAUUCUGUAGGCCUUGUAGGCCUGAUUAAGGUUCAUUUUAUUUUCAUCAAUUAAUCCUCACUAUUGGGAAAAAGAAUAAAAACCCAAAUCAUUACAACUAUAAGAAAUAUGCUACCUAAAUCCAUUUCCGGCCAACUCCUUCCUAUUUUUAAUGAAGAUAACUCAGUGCCACACCUGAUUUGGGCUGCAUUCCAGUUAUCCUCAUCCUCAGCAAAGCAUGGGCAAGGCGGCUGUUGUGUUCUUUCCUGCAGCAGCAAUGCACACGUUAGUAUAAAUUAGACUUUAAUAUUUUUGGUAUUUAAUGACAAGCUUUAAAACUGGAUGUAUUAGGGGUUUUGUUUGCUCUUUUAUUUUGGGUUUUGAUUGGUUUUGUUUUGUUUUGUUUUGUUUUUAGCUCAGCAUGGGGCCUGGUAUCCUGGAUGUCAGCAGUAUAUACCUCUAACUCAGCUAUGUUAGGCCCAACAGGCUGGUUAGAGCUGAUUUGUCAAGAUUUCAGAAUACAGUUUGUUGAGUACCCUAAAUAAAACUAAAGACAACCCAACAUACUCCAGCAAUUGGGGUUUGGGCAUUUGAUUUAUUUAAUUUUGUUUUAUUGCUUUAAUUUCAUUUUGAAUUGAAUUCUGUAAACUCAAAGUUUAGGGAUACUUAGAAAGGCUGUGAAUUGCUGGAGAUGCACCUUAAAGAUUUCAUGCAAAGUGUUCUAUAACAGAUAUAAAAAGCUUCAAAAUGUUUAGUACUAAACUGUUUGGAAAAAUAUUUGUUAACUGUAUGUACACUUAAUAAAAUUCCAUGUUUUCUUCUCAGAAGAAUUCAUUGAGACCAAACUGAACCUCUUUUAUAAGAAACAACUGAUGUAGGAUCAAUGUACUGGCCUUGUUAUUUCCAUGUGGCAGGAUGAUCCACUUGCCAUUGUCCCCAUCUACACUGUACUUACUGUACACUGAAAUUAUUUUCUCCUUGUUUUCAUGAAUCUCCAUGACAGCCUUUGCCCAGCAUAGAAAAAUUUUGGCCUGCUUAGCUAAUUAAAGAUUCAGUAUAAAUUUAAGUGUUUAUGCUCAUUUCGUGUUCAUAUAGAUUCCAUUUUGAUAAAUAAACAUUAGCAAAAUCUUUGAGUAGAUUUAUUGUCAAUAAUGCUAAAUUGAAAAUAAAACAAAAUGACCCCUUUGACCUCUCCUGAUUUGGUGUUAUGCAUAAAUAGAUAAAACUCAUUAGCUGAUUAUUUAGGGAAGACAUAGAUUCAUAGUAUUUCGUGAAAUAUGAAUAACUUGUACUUCCUAUUAGUUGGGUUUGUAGACACAGCUUAUACCCCUACACAUGCACACACAUCCCAAACCAACCUGUCUUUCUGUUUUUGAUAGUCAACACUACCUGAGAUUUCUGUUCUCAAGACCUAUUUAGUGGUUAAAAUUGAGGCAAGAUUUAUUUUUGUAAAUGCCUAAGAUUUAUGUUAAUGCUUCCUUCUGUUUUGUUUCCCAAGAGUUGUCUUUAAAAGCAUUUAUUACUGUAAGUAGGUAUUCAAGUGGUUUAUUCUAAUAUACGUUUAGACACAUUAGUAGUGGGGUCCUUGUUAUCUUUGAUUUAGUUAGAACAUUUCCUUUGUGUCUGGUCUCACCUGUUGCAUGGGAAGAGGAAAGCACCAAAUGAUCUGCAUGUACUAGGACUCAUGUAUCCAGAAGUGCUGGUAUGUAUUAUUCAGUUUACAUACAGAGAGAUUGUCUGUAUUGUACAAUUUGUGUUUCUUAUCAUUUGUUGUGUUCAUAGCUAUGACAUAUCAGAUCAAAUACUUAUAUGAAGGCAUAUGGAAACCAUAAAAUAAUUUUGUGUAACAAAAUAGCAUUGUAUCACCCCAAAUAUAGAGAACACUCAUGUAAAUAAGUUGGUAAACUCAAUUUUUCCCUUUACCAUGCCAAAGAAAAUUUUAGCUCCUUGAUGAUACCUCUCUUGCUAUUUUUCUGGAACAAGGUCAUCAUUCCUUCCCUCAGAAAUUCAGUUUGCUACCAUUAAAUGCAAUCUGUCAUCACUGAUGUUCUGUAUAGUAAAUCUGAUGGAACACAUUUGUAUUUAUAGACUGUGUGUUUUAUAUCUUCCUGUAUGUAUGUUCAUUGUACCAAGUCUAUAGAACCAUUCCUUCUGCAUGCAUAUCUGGUAGGGGAGGGUUAGUUCUAUCACCUUUUUUAUGGUACCUGAUUGCUUUGCUUAUCCAUCAACAGUGCUCAAUGUUCAUCCUCUGCAUAAUUCAAGCAACAUCAUAUUUGUUUUCAAAUAAGUUUAGUUCCUGAAAAUUUUUUACUACUUUCCUUGGGAAAAAUUAUGAAAGACACACAAACAGUUUGUUCUGUGUAAAGAGCAAAAGGAAUUGAGCACUUUCCCUAUUAUUUUGGAGAAUGUAGAGUCUUGCUUUAAGUGUUUGCUUGUUCUGGGUACUUUGGGUGAGGAUUAGAUCAAUAAUGGACACUACAACUUUUUCUCUAGUGUUUCUAGUUAUGGGCUUUUUAGAAAGUAAGCAAAAUGUAUCAUAUCUGACCAUUUAAUUAAUGAUUCAACUACUAAACCAUCUUUUUCUUCUCUCUCUCUCUCUAGAGUGACCAAUAUCAGAUUUGGUUCUUUAAACAAAAACUAAAACAACAACCACAAAUCUUUUGUUGUUCCUUAAAGUGAAUAUGUAUUACUUUGUUAAUUUUUUCCAAACAUCACACGUAUAAUAUGUGUUUAAUAUUUCUCAAUGAUAGUUAGUGAGACUAAACUGACCAAGGUUCAAAUUAGAAGAAACAGAAAAUGGUGGAAAAUGACUUUCUAUUUUAGGAAAAUAUUAUAUCCUAGGGGAACAAUUAGGCCAAAUUUCUAAAUAUUUUCUGGAGCACAAGCUUAGUCAAAUCCAGAAUGUAAAUUGUGUUGUUCUGGAUUAAGAGACAUAGAUAAUUAAGAGUUUUAGAAAGUGAAACACAAGACUGAGUAAGUGUCUGGAAUACUGAGUAGCUUUCAGAAAAGUUGUGACAGUUGAGCGUGUAAAUUAAGACUACACUGUAUUUUUUUUCUUGUUCUAGGUUCUCAUUUAGUAUAAUUCUGACAUUUACUGGUGAGCUGAUAGAGAUAAGUCACUUAUUCUCUGGUGCUGCUAGACUCCAGAUGAACUCAGGAUUCCUGAAAGGAACAAUGGUUCUCUUCCUAAAUUUAGAACUUUUGUCCCCUAGAGGAAUUCUUCAGUUAUGAUUUGCUAAAUAAGCACGGCGAAGAUCAUCAAAAUUGGUGAACUUAAUGUCUCCUUUUCAAUUAUCAUAUAUCCCAGUGUAAUUUUUGAAAACCACAAGUAAGCCAAAGAGAUUUGUUUGUUUUCUUCUACUCAUUAUGAAUUUGUCCUUGCUUGGCAUUCUCAAAAAAGGUAGUUUCUAUCUUGGAGUCAAAGUAUAGAAACAUUUAGAUAGGAGACAGGUUAUAUUCUUGUCUAUCACCAUGUGCUUUAGUUUUGGUUCGAUUUCUUCCUCUUCCUCUUCCUUUUCCUCUUCCUCUUCCUCCUCCUCUUCCUCCUUCUUCAUCUCCUCCUCCUCUUCUUCCUCACUUUCCUCCUCCUCUUCCUCCUUUUACUAUAAAAGUGUGUGAAAUCUAUCACUUCUUCAUAGGUAAACUGAUGUUGGCAUGGCUAGGGCCAAAUACAGGUAGACAAACAGACACACAAAUAUUAGCAAAUAAAAUUAAUCUUUUUUAAAAAAUCUGUUUUCCAAGAAAAAGAACUGAUUAGAGUUUAAGUUACCGAGGCAAAUACUACAGCUUUCUUCCAUAGUCUAUAACAGUGUACCCCAGAACACGGUGACCUACAACAUAUUUUCAUGUUGUCCAAAAUUCAGGACAUAGCACACUUUAUUCUUCAUGAAAGAAAACAUUUUUCCAAUGUCUUAAACUCUAUUCUGAGAACCCCUAAAUGGUCAGGGUAUUGCAACACUUUUUUCUUAUGAAAAUAUAAGAAAGUAACACACACUUUUAUGAUAGAUGCAAUUUAUAGAAAUGAUAAAAACUAGAGAGGAAAAUAUAACAAUUAAAAAAGACGUGCUUAAUGAGAAGGGCCAUAAGGAACUGAAAGUAACUCCAGGGAAGCAAGGUCUGGCAAACUACCACACACAGCUGUGAUUAAAGCCAGCCCACAAGCUGUUUAUGUAUGGCCUGAGAGUUCAGGGUAGAUUUUAUUUAUUUGUUACAGUUUUAAAAUAUUACACAUGAAAAAAGACGCUCCCUCAGUGGUUUCUCUAAUAGGCAUUAUCCAGAUUUUUAUAGAAGGCUGAGUCCUAUAGUAAGAAAAGCUGAAGGCCAUUGUACCAUGAUGGGAAGGUUAGUGACUCUUAAUGCUUGGAAGUCGCCCACCACAUCAUCAGAACUGGUAUUGAAUUAUUAUAAUUGUUUUUUUUUUCUGGUUUAAAAUCUAUUUAGAGAGAUGGAAAAUAUAGAAAAAAAAGAAUGAAAUCACACAUACUAUACCUUAAUAACUUAUAUUUCCCUCAUUUUACAAAACUGACAUUGAUUACCAGCUCAGUAAGUAAUAGAUAUACGACCAGUAUGUCUGGGUCCCCUAAUCUCAGGAUAGAGGCAACAAUUUUAUAAAUAUGUUAAAUUCUGAGAACCUUAUUAUUAUUAUAAAACCAGCACCAGUGACCCUUCAAAUACUUCUCGGUAUUUAGUUUUUAAGUAACACAGUAGACAUGUGUUUUCUUUACAUUUGAAGACUUGACUGAUAAAGUCCAAGCCAUGACUCUAAAAUAUUUACACUAUUAAUAUAAAAUUUGCAAGUAAAAAUUUCAUCUUAAAACAAAACAGAAAUGAUUUUGCUAUGUUAUUUUGGAUUUUACAAAUAAUUCACAUUUAGGGAAAAGGUAUUUUUUUAGCUCUAAAUAAUGGUUGAUUCAACUAUGUGUAUAAGUAGAUCUAACUGUAUAUAUGCAAGAGAACCCCAAAUAUUGUACAUUUUCAUAAUUCAAUGUGAAUUUCAUACAGAGCAAAAUUUCACCAGAAAAUAAACAUUUUGUUCGUA